AUGGACGAAUACCGCUUUCCGGAUAACCGGCUCAAGAAGAAGAUGGACGAUCCGUCCAAGACGCCGCUUCUCCUUGUAGCCUGCGGUUCCUUCUCUCCCAUCACUUUCUUACAUCUGCGCAUGUUCGUCAUGGCGGCCGACUAUGUCAAACACAAUACAAACUUCGAGAUCAUCGGAGGUUAUCUAUCGCCUGUAUCUGACGCGUAUAAAAAGCAAGGGUUGGCCCCAGCGGAACACAGAGUCGCGAUGUGUCAAUUGGCAAUCGACAAAGCAUCCAACUGGUUGAUGGUCGACAGCUGGGAAGCCGAGAAGAAAGACUAUCAGCCCACGGCCAAAGUGCUUGACCACUUUGAUAACGAAAUAAACACCGUGAGGAAAGGCAUCGAUGCUGGCGACGGGACGCGAAAGCCGGUCAAGAUAUCUCUGCUGGCCGGAGCGGAUUUGAUCCAAACGAUGUCAACGCCCGGUGUGUGGAGUGAGAAAGACUUGGACCACAUCCUUGGACGCUACGGUGUUUUUAUUAUUGAACGAUCCGGAACCGAUAUCGAUGAGGCUCUGGCCAGCCUACAUAACUAUCGUGAAAACAUUCAUGUCAUUCAGCAAUUAAUCCAGAACGACGUCAGCAGCACCAAGAUCAGGUUGUUUUUACGAAGGGGCAUGAGCGUGCAAUAUCUCAUCCCGGCGCCAGUGGUGGAGUAUAUCGAGCAGAACCAUCUAUAUCGAGAUGAACGUCGCUCGUCCAUCACUCCGUCUGUCCACCGCGACAGCGAUAAGGGCAAAGAAAAAGAAGUUGCAACACCCGCUUGA